AUGGCUCCUCGCACUAAACCACUGUCAUUGGAUGAGAAGCGUCGUCGUAUGAUCUGCAUUUUCCAUGAAUCGAAAGAGUUUUACAACCUAAAAGAGAUUGAAAAGAUUGCUCCAAGAUCUAAAGGAAUCAUUGAGAAAUCAGUCAAGGAAGUCUUGGAUGGUCUGGUGGCAGACGGCCUUGUUACAAUGGAAAAGAUUGGCUCUUCCAACUACUACUGGAGUUUUCCUGGAGCAAACUCGCACCAGAUCCGUAAUCGAUUGGAGACUGCAAAAAAAGAACUCAAGGCAAUCCAUGACCAAGAACAGCAUACACGCUUGGCCAUAUCUAAUGCUCUUUUAGUUCGCAAAGAUACGGAUGAGCGCACUGCUCUUUCUACUGAUCUGGCUGCAGCCCAGAUACGCAACACAGAACUUGUUGCCAAAGUUGCCCAGUUCCAAGAUGCCGACCCAGAAGUCAUGCGUACUAAAGAGCAAGGCAUACAGGUGGCCAAAGAAGCUGCCAAUCGAUGGACAGGUAUCUAA